GGAGAUGAAGCCACCGUGGCAGAGCUUGAGAUGAGGGUUGAGGACUUUGACACAGAUGAGUGGUGGAUAGAUGACAAGAUCAUCCAGACCCCGCUGAGCUUGCAGUCCAAGAAACUCGCACAGCCAGAUAUUACCCGUUUUCACAACCCAUACGCUGGGGUUUCUGGCGCCUGGCAGCUUACGGAGACGGUUGAAGACUUUCUUGUCCGCCUUCCGCCAGCCACUUCGGAUGAGGCCAAGGUUGGCUCAUGGAUCUUCAUUUGCAAUCCGUACAUCGACCGCAAGCGUAAACACGAUGCCCAGAACCAGCGAAUCAAGGGCUGCGAGGACGAGGCGCCCGAGGAAGAAGGGGCCGACCUAAUGCGAUUUUGCCAAGGCGGGGAGGAGAGACUUCAUCUCGUUACAGAUUUCCAUCUGACAUUGAAUAAGGCUCUGAUGACGCCGGCUAUGCGUACUCGUGAAAUGAACAAGGCUGCGUUGGAUGCAUCCAAUGACAUACUGAACUUGGCCCAGGCAUUGCAUGUCAGAUCCGGAAAGUGGAUGCUCUUUUGUUCAGUUCAUACAGUGAACGAGGUCUGGGGCAUUGUUGCAAAGGCUACGUCGAACAACGAGUUGGGAAUUGCCGCUAAAGUGGCUACAAGAUGGAGGGACGAUACCAGAACAGAACGUUUAGUCUGUGUAUACACUGCCGACUUUGCGGACAAGCGUGAUGUUGAGAGGGUUGCCUUGAAGCUCCAGGAGCUGGGUCUGGUGCAACCCCGUGGGAAGCCUUACGUUAGAUUGUGACUCACACCGGAGAUUUGUUACUCUUGAUCCUCGAGCAUACAUUUAGCCUAUCUGAGUUCUGUUGUUUACACGGUUACAGAUGCAUACACUUACUUGGGG